UUAAGUUGAUCCAGUCGCAUUUGUGGCUUCUGUCAAAUCGGAAGGGCUGAGAUCACCACCAUUAAGUUAUUUAAAUCCCAAGACACUCCCAACUACAGCUAGACUUCGACCUGUCAACAACACCCAAGACAUCAAAAAGACCUUAAAGACCUUCAAAGAUCCCUUUAAGACCAUCGCAGCCCAUAACGGCAUUAAAGCACUUGGUCUCACAGAGCCUGAAUGGAGGCCCACGGUUCAGGACGACAAUCCAGGAAGAGAAAGAGAGAAGGAUCAAAUGGAGAAGCAGAGGAGGGCGAGAAACCCCUGAAGUUCAAGCGUUGCACAGUGGGUCUGAAAUACCCAGCUCCAUAUGCAGAUGAGCUUGAGUCAAUGGAAGAUAAGCCAUAUCAGCGUGUCACCAUGGAGGAAGCUCAGAGGGGCACUCCACCUGACAGGCCUGUGCGAGUGUAUGCUGAUGGUAUCUUCGACAUGUUCCACUCAGGACAUGCCCGUGCUCUAAUGCAGGCUAAAUGUCUUUUCCCCAACACUCACCUCAUUGUAGGCGUGUGCAGCGAUGACCUCACACACAAGUUAAAGGGCUUCACCGUCAUGAAUGAGGACGAGCGCUAUGAUGCGAUUAGCCACUGUCGCUAUGUGGACGAGGUGGUCCGGAAUGCUCCAUGGACUCUCACGCCUGAGUUCCUGACCAAGCAUCGGAUUGACUUUGUGGCCCAUGAUGACAUCCCAUACUCAUCAGCUGGCAGUGACGAUGUUUACAAGCACAUCAAAGAAGCAGGAAUGUUUGCACCAACCCAAAGGACAGAGGGCAUUUCGACCUCUGACAUCAUCACACGAAUCGUUCGAGAUUACGACGUGUAUGUGAGACGUAAUCUUCAACGUGGCUACACCGCGAAAGAGCUUAACGUCAGCUUCAUCAAUGAAAAGAAGUACCACCUUCAGGAGCGUGUGGACAAGGUGAAGAAGAAGGUGAAGGACGUAGAAGAGAAGAGUAAAGAGUUUGUGCAGAAAGUGGAGGAGAAGAGCAUCGACCUCAUCCAGAAAUGGGAGGAGAAAUCCCGCGAGUUAAUUGGCAACUUCUUGCAGAUGUUUGGACCGGAGGGAGCAUUGAAGCACAUGCUGAAGGAGGGUAAGGGGCGUAUGCUACAGGCCAUCAGUCCACGGCACAGCCCAAGCAGCAGUCCUACACGAGAACGGUCCCCCUCUCCGACCUUCCGUCUGCCCUUCUUCACCAAAACCUCCCCUCCCUCCUCCCCCUCCUCACAUCACAGCAGUGCGCUGGCCAGCUACACCUAUGCCGCCCGUGGACAUGCCAUCAGUGAGGAUGAGGAGGAUGAGGAGGAUUAGAGUGCAACAGCACACAAUGCAUCUGUCUUCCAAGACUGGCAAUCUGACCUCAGAAACUAAGCAAUCCUUAAACACUCAAUUGCUUUGUGUAUUUUUGCUGAGGGUUAUAAUUGAGCACACAGAGGUCACGGUCAGACCUUAGAUGUUCUUGUUUAGAACGUAGUGACCAUAGUCAGUUGCAGUUUGUGAAGGUUUUAGGACAUCGUCAGUGAUGAGAUGCGAUUAUUUCAACUUUUGCAUCUCGUCUUGAAUUAUGCAGGAUUGACUAUUUUGUGUUUUAGAAUGAGUGUACAUGGUAUUAAUACAUUUCAUUUUUGUUGCUGGGUUCAGAGUUCCGAUUAAUAUGAUUUUAAUGGUCUUAUAAUAUAUAAUUGUUAGACAUCACAUAGGUAAUGUUGUAUUUCCUGGAGUGGGCAAGAUUGGCGAGCAAUGUCGAAAUCGCUGCAACUUUGCACGCACAGUCUUUAUACAAGAGAUUAAGAAAUUAUUGAAGAAAAUGGUUAUAAUUGUAAUUACAAUACACAAUACAGUGGCAAUAAAAAGUAUGUGAACCCUUUGGAAUUAACUGGUUUUCUGCAUUAAUUGGUCAUAAAAUGUGUCACAAGUAUAGACAAACAACAGUGUGCUUAAGCUAACAACACACAAUUAUAAUCUUUCAUGUCUUUAUUGAACACAUCCCAUUAAACAUUCACAGUGCUGUGGAAAAAGUUAAUGAACCCUUGGAUUUAAUAACUGGCCGAUCCUCCUUUGGCAGCAAUAACCUCAACUAAGCAUUUUGAGGCUCUCUUGGUCAUUCCACAGCAUUUCUAUUGGGUUAAGGUCUGGGCUCUGACUGGGCCACUCCAAAAGGUGGAUUUUUUUUUUUUUUUUUUUAAGCCAUUCUGUAGAGGAUUUACUUGUUUAGGUUAAUUGUCCUGCUGUAUUACCCAACUGCACACAGCCACCCUGACAUUAUCCUGAAGGAUAUUUUGGUAAACUUAAUUUUUCCCUUGAUGAUGGCAAGCAGUCCAGGCUCCAAAGCAGCCCCAAAUCAUAAUGCUCCCUCCACAAUACUUCACCGUUGGGACGAUGUUUUCAUGUUGGUAUGCGGUGCCCUUUUUAUGCCAUACGUAGUGCUGUGUGAUUUUCCCAAUCAAUUCAAUAUUUGCCCAGUAGUUUUGUGGAGUGUCAAGGUAGUCCUUGACAAACUUCAGGCCCACAGCAAUGAUUUUGUUAAAAAGCAGCAGCUUCCUUUGUGGUGUCCUGCCAUGGACACCAUGCCUGUUUAAUGUUUUCCGUACAGUAGACUCAUGACAGAGAUGUUAACCAGUUUCAAUGAUUCCUUCCUUAAGAGCUGUCACUCUAGGGUUCUUUUUUACCUCUGAGCAUUCUGCAGUGGGCACUUUGAGUCAUCUUGGCUUGAUGGCCACUUCUACGGAGAGUAGCCACAGUACUAAAUCAUCUCCAUUUAUAGACUAUUUGUCUAAAUGUGGACAGAUGAAUAAAUAAGCUCUUCAAGAUAAAUUUGUAACCCUUUCCAGCUUUAUGCAAAGCAACAAUUGAUUGUAGUUCUUCUGAGAUCUCUUUUGCAAAGCAUGAUCCACGUCAGCAGAUCAUUCAUGUGAAUAUCAAACUCAAAAUAUACUUUUUCAAACCAACACUGUGAAUUUUUGAACGAUGUAUUAAAUAUGUACAAGAACAAUACAAUAAUUUGUGUGUUAUUAAUUCAAACAAAUUGUUUAUUCAUUAUUGUAACUUAAAAUCUGGUUUGAUAUUCAUCUAAGAUAAAUUUGUACAUAAAUGCAGGUAAUUCCAAAGGGUUCACAUACAUUUUCUUGCCACUGUAUGUAAAAGUAAUCAAGCAUGAUUUUGAUUUUGACCUGCACACUCUCAGUGAUGUUGAAUGAAAGCUUGCUCAAAUUACUUUUUUGUUGUUGUUGUUGAUAUUUUGUGUCCUGCUUAGUGACUUUUAAAGUUUGACCAUCUGUGUAUUUGGGUUAAAUGAUCUAUUUUGAAAAGAGGUUAAGUUGUUGUACUGUAAGAAGAAAUUAAAUGGCAAUUACUGUU